CAUCUCAUGCAACGACCAGGGUUCAAAUUAUAGACGUUAUUAUCAUCUCCUUCCUUAACCACUGCCUGGCUGGUUCCGUGAUCGAUCGCCCGAAGAGAAGAUAAUCCAGGAGAUAUUUGGCUAAGCGGCGUCUGAAUAAGGAAGGAAAACCCCCGAGGAUGGAGAAUUCUUGGGAUGAGGAAGAGCGGGUGGUGGCGGCGGCAAGGGCGGUGGUGGUGCACAGCCAGGUGAGGAGGAUCAAGCAGGAGGAGGGCGAGAAGGGGAAGGUGCACGAGACGUUCCAGCACCAGGCGGCGGCGGCCUCCUCCUCGGGGACGCGCCUCCCGCUCCGGGACCUCGCCGCCUCCGGCAACCAGCCCCGCUCCCGCUCGCCGCUCGGCCGCCGCCCGCCCGCGAUCUCCAUCGGCGGCGACUCGUAGGGAUCAGGGAUCGGUCGAUCUCCUUUUCUCUCCUCGUCCUCGUGUGUUUAGGGAUGUUUUCUGUUGAUACAUACUAGGAUGUUGCUCCGAUCUCGUUCGUGAAGAUCGACUCUGUAAAUACUCUGUAGGGUAGGUGCGAUCCAGUGUUUUGUUUCUUGCUCCCUUUUCAGUUCAGAGGUAGUCUAUUUUUAGACGACGAUGCAUUUUGUUCCUUCCUUGCCAAAAAUUGUCGCGAAAAUAGAUUUUCUUUCCAUGAUUUGGAAAGAGAUUCUGAAUGGAGCGUUUAUGAUUAGAGUUCUGUAUGCUGACUUUGGCCUCAACAGAUUUUCUUUUCUUCC